AUGCCUCGUAGGAUGUCUAAGUUUUCUGGGUUUGAAUCAAAUGGGUUUAUCUUAUUUUCUUCUUUGAAUGGUCAAAUUGGUGAGGGCAGCUUUCCUAGUCCAGAAGCCACUGCGAACAACAAUGCGCCUGAGAAAGUAGGAAUUCUUGAAGUAACUGUGAAGUCCUUCAUAUCCGGUUCUGGGUUUUUCUUUCAAGAGAUGUAUAGAAAGAACUUUCCUCUGGUUUCUCGGGAACCAAACGGGACUUUGGGGAUCAAAUUUUAUGUCUUUAAGUUAGCUAUGCUGCCCUUCAUACCAAAUUUAUAUAUGGAACUGGAGGGGUUAUUCUAUCCGCUAUCAGCAUGCUGGCAACAGUGGCCCGGCAUUAGUAUUAAUUCAUGGUUUUGGAGCAAACAGGUCUACAUCAUGCACACAUUACUUCUCAUUAGCAGACAACUAAUUGCUAUAGGACUUGUUGGUCUUCAGGCAGCAGUUAUGGAGCCACAGUUAUGUAAGGGCGUAAUGCUCUUAAAUAUUUCUCUUCGUAUGCUUCAUAUUAAAAAGCAGCCUUGGUACGGAAGACCAUUGAUUAGAUCAUUUCAGCACUUACUGAGAAAUACCGAUGUGGGCAAAUAUUUUUUCAAAAUUGUUGCCACACCAGAGUCUGUGAGGAAUAUCCUUUGCCAGUGCUACCAUGACACCUCCCAGGUGGCCCCCUUCCUGAGGAACUAUUGCCUCAAUGAAGGAUGGGGUGAGAAGGAUCCAUGGGAGCCCAUUGAACUUGGACGUGCCUAUGGGAAAUUCAAUUCUGUAGAAGACUACGUUGUUCUUCCUAAUGUCGGCCACUGCCCUCAGGAUGAAGCACCUGACCUAGUGAAUCCACUGGUCGAGUCAUUUGUGGCACGCCAUGCUGCACUCUCAGCCAGCAUUUCCACGGCUACCUGA